CCCCUAAGAGCACGAUAUAAGGAGCCAAAUACCCAGCAUCUCUCCAUUGUGACAACUGCAGCUUUCCUUGUCACUACUCUGGAAGUCUCAAGGAGAGCAUGAUGGAGAAGAUUCUUCUGGGUGUCCUACUCCUUACCACUGUCACAGGAAGCGUGACCCGUAAUUCAGACAUGAGAGGGAAGGUGUUCAUUUUUCCUGAAGAAUCUGCCACAGCCUACGUGUCCUUGAUUCCCAGCGUGAAGAAGCCACUGGAGAACUUCACGCUGUGCCUGAAGGCCUUCACAGACCUCACCCGCUCUUACAGCCUCUUCUCCUACAGCACUCCUUCCAAGGACAAUGAAAUUCUUCUCUUUGUCAACAAAAUGGGAGUGUACUCGUUGUCCAUCGGGAAUUCUGAGAUCAUUUUCAAUGGCCCCCCAUCUCCCUACACCCCAACCCAUGCCUGUGCAAGCUGGGAGUCCGCCUCUGGGAUUGCUGAGCUCUGGGUGAAUGGAAAACUCCUGGGGAGGAAGGGAGUGAGGAAGGGGUACUCUGUGGGGUCAGAGGCUAAGAUUAUCCUGGGACAAGAGCAGGAUUCCUACGGGGGAAAUUUUGAUGUAAAUCAAUGCCUUCUUGGGGAGAUAUGGGAUGUUUCCUUGUGGGACCAUGUGCUCCCUCUAACGGACAUGGGUGACUUGUGUAGCAGUGGCAACAUCCUGAGCUGGCGGGCCCUGACUUACAAAGAUAACGGCUAUGUGGUGACGAAGCCCAAGGUGUGGGCUUAGGUGUCAUUCUCUUCGGGCAUGAUUUAUGUUUAGUGAUAAUCACAUACUCUUUGAAAUUAAAUGCAUUGACUCUA